AUGUCGUCCAAGUACGCAGCACUCCCAGACCUUGACUCCUCACAGGACAUCUACGAGACCCCCGACCUCACCGACGACGUCUCAACCCUCCCCACCACCACCAGCAUCCCCGACGACUCCUCCCACGAAAACGACUCCGUCGACGGCAGCGGCCUCGUCACCGAGCACCUGCACCCCACGUCCGCCCGCGGCCGCUUCAAGCACUCCGAGAUCGACGCGCGCGGCGUCGACUUCUCCGACCGCAUCAGCGGCAAGCGGCGGUCGUACCGGGCGUCGAGCCGGCGGCGGCGGCGCCGCGGUGGUGCUGGUGGCGGCGGCGGCGGUGGCGGAUACGAGGAUGAGGCUGGCGACGAGGAGGGGUAUGACAGCGAGGAGCUGUACGGCGAGGAGACGCUCGCCAUGAGGGUUGCCAGGCUGCGGCGGGAGAUUGAGGAGGUGCGGGCUGAGGCUGCUGCGAGCGGGGGUGAGAGCGGGGGUGAUGAGGGGGAGGAGGGGGAGGAGGAGGGGGGGGGGAGGAUGGAGGUGAAGGCGGGGAUUGUGGAGCUGAGUGAUGCGCUGGAAAGUCUUCAGAUACAGAGCCCUGAGGAACGGGGUGCGCAGGCGAAGCUGGCAAAGAAGUUGGUUGGGAGCCUCAGUGUCCCGCCUGAGCCUACCACCACCACCACCACCACCACCACCGAACCCACCGCUGAACCCACCACCACCACCACCACCGACCCCACCCCAGCCCACACAGCCUCCUACACAAUCACCUACGCCCCCACCUUCAAGCACACCCACGCCCUCGCCAAAGCCGCCGACUUCGACACGCGCCUCACCGUCCUCGAGAAAUGCAUCGGCAUGCCCACCUCAGCGCUCUCCGACCCCUCCCGCCCCCUCCCCGCAUCCUCCAUCAUCCCCACGCUCGACGAGCUCGCCCGGCAGAUGUCGGUGCUGACCUCGUCGUCCACCUCGUCGCUCGACGCGGCCUCGCGCCGCGUCCGCCAGCUCACGCAGGAGGCCGAGAAGCUCGCCGAGGCGCGCAAAGCGGCUAAGGCCGCGGCCGACGCGCGCGCUGCCGAGGACGCUGCGGCGGGUGAGGAUGCGGUUGCUGCGGUCGCGGGUGACGGUGUGGGCGCGGGAGUGGGUGGGGGUGGGGGAGGGGGGGGAGGGGAGAGGGACGCAAAGAUUAAUGCGCUGUAUGGCGCGCUGCCGACGAUUGAGGGGAUGGGGCCGAUGCUGCCGGCGGUGCUGGACCGGCUGCGGAGCUUGAGGGCUAUUCAUGCGGAUGCGGGGCGGGCGGUGGAGGCGCUGGCGAGGGUGGAGAGGCGGCAGGAGGAGAUGGCGGCGGAGGUGGGGAGGUGGAGGGAGGCGCUGGAGAAGGUGGAGGGGGUGGUGGGGGAGAGUAGGGUGGCUGUGGGCGCGAAUAUGAAGGAGGUGGAGGGGUGGGUGAGGGAGUUGGAGGCGAGGUGUGGGAUUGUGGAGGCGCUGGAGAAAGGGGUGUAG